AUAUAACCCAAGUGAUGCAAUGUAUGCUAGAAAAUGGGACUGAAUUUUUGUUUCUUCAUCCUCAGUGACUUCCAAACGCACAUUAUGAAAGAAAACAGGUUUCUCUCCUGGUUUCAUUAAGCUGAGGAGGUGAGCACCAUGGCAAACUAUGAUGAGUUAUCAAAGAAACUGGAACAGGCCCUGAAAUACUCCAGUAAAGUGGGCAAAGUCURGCUCUCGGUCCUUUUUAUUUUCCGCAUCUUGGUCCUGGUGGCAGCUGCAGAGAAAGUGUGGAGCGACGAGCAGUCCAACUUCUCCUGCGACACAAAACAACCCGGCUGUGAGACUGUCUGCUACGACAAGACCUUCCCCAUUUCUCACAUUCGUUUCUGGGUGAUGCAGAUCAUCAUUGUCUCUACGCCCACUCUGAUUUAUCUGGGUCACGCCAUUCAUGAGGUCCGAAUGAACAAAGAGGGUAAAAGGAAAAAAAAGAAAACAAAAAAGAAACUAGAAAUGGACCCACCCAUAUCUGACGACAAAACGACUUCAGCAAAAAAACAACAGGACAAAAUGUACUUAGAAGGCAAACUGUUCUACACAUAUGUCUUCAAUAUUAUUUUUAAGACUCUCUUUGAAGUGGGAUUUAUUGUAGCCCAGUAUUACCUGUAUGGGUUCGGACUCAAAGCCAUGUACACCUGUAACCACUGGCCCUGCCUCACCACCGUGUUCUGCUAYGUCUCCAGACCCACAGAGAAGACUCUCUUCAUCAUAUUUAUGCUCGUAGUGGCCUGUGUGUCCCUGCUGCUCAACCUGAUAGAAAUGAUUUAUCUAUUUAAAACAAAAUGCAAACAUUACAUGUAUCAAAGAUACAGAAAGACGAACGAGAAAAACCUGGCUAAACAAGAGCUUUAUGAGUUAAAAGAAAUGUCAUUGAGGGCAUCAAAAUACAACCACAGAAAAUACUCUGUCUGAGGGGUUAGAUGUAAGAAAUUAAUUUAGAYUGUUGGAAUUUUUGGGGGUGUUUGAAAUCGUGGACCGUAAUGGGUUAGUUAUAAAUUGUUUUAAUAAAAUGUAAAAAAAAAA